AUUAGUAGUGCUUUUUUUUUUAAAUAAAAUUUAUGUUGGUAUUCCUUAAAAUAUUUACAACCCUGUACAAGCGUCAUAAGUUUCCCGUCGUUUGAAAUAACAAUACAUUUAUUUACUUUUUUAAAACAAGAACAAUUUUUACCGGUAAUUAUGAAGACUGACAGCAAUGCAAAGUGCAAUCAAGAUUUUGAUAUCAACACUGAAAUUGAAGAAUCUAUUCUAACCCCAUUGGCAUGUGCGACGCUUAUAAAUGAGUUCUUGAAAGGAAUUGUGUUCCAAAAGGGGCAAAUACCGUACCCAUAUUCACGUCUCAAAAGUGUUGUUGAAAAAAAAAGUGGACAGACUGAAGCAAAAACUCGUGGGGUGGAAAAUUAUACUAUUAAUAAUCAUUACAAAAUUGUGUCUUCUGCAUUUUAUGCACUUGAAGAAAUUAUGAGAGGAAUAAACAGAGAAUUCAUAACAUUGAGAAAUAAUAUUAAGGAAGUGUUAAUUUUAAUUGGUAACAGCCCGCAAUGUCCUAAAGAAGCAUAUAGUGUUGUUAUAUCAAAUAUUUCCACACAUCAUAUUGAUGCAAAUCACAUGCAUGAAAUGAGUAAAAUUCAACCGAAAGUUUUAAGAAGUAUAUUCCUCUCACAGGAAUGGAUGGAUUCUGUUGAUUCUCAAAAUAAUUGUAGCAAUAUUUUUAUUUUUAUGAAAAAGAAUGUUUCAAAUGGUCAGUGCAUAGAAGGUUCUGGUUUUAUUCCAACUAAAAACUUAAAUAUCUCCAGCAAAGUGAAACAUGUUAAAGUAAAACUGAGUUAUAACAUUGUGAAUGAUUCAAAAGACUGUUGCAAAAAUUUGACUGUAUUUCAAGAAGGUGAAAAUGUUUUGUCGACAAUAUCGGAAAAACCUUUUGAAACUGUGUUAACUACAGAGUGGUAUCAGUGUAAACAUAUGGUGAAAGGAUUUAAGGAUUGUUUUAUUAAUAAAGUUUCAGUAAGUGAAUUGUGGUAAUUGUUAAUUAAAAUAUUAGGUAAUAUGUUGCUGGUUCUCUAUAUUUUGAAUUGUUAAUGUUAUCAUGUAAUACAAUCUAUACAUCAUAUAUUUUUAUAGUUUUUACAAUUUCUAAAAAUAAAGGAUUUAUAUAUGUA